UGUAUGGCCGGAAUCUGUGUAUUGUGCUGUUUUUUUUCUCUGCCUUGCGAGGAUAUUUGUGUAUUCACGGUUUCCUGGAGGAAACUGAGGGCUCAGUGUUUGCUCUGUGCGCGUGUCUGACAGCGAGAGCGAGCGGAGCAGAGCAUGUGAGUAAGAGCGUCAGUAUGCAACGUGUUGAGCAGCUGAACUCUGUCUUGAACUCCUCAGGCUUCAGAGGACAACACUCUCCAAAUCAAAGACAAAAAGAAGACCAUCUCCUGAUUUUUCUCCCCACUAUUUGUGUUUAUCUAAUGUGGUUUGUUCCUGUUGUUCUUUCUGGAUUCUUGCCCCAGAGGAUGUAGCGUGUCGGGAUCCCUCAGGAUUUUGGACUUUUUCUUUUGGUUGCAACAUAUUUACUGGACUCAUCUGAAGAAGUGCUUCCCCGCUGUUUCCCUUCCUUCCAUUGGAAUUUCCUGCUUUUAUGUGUUGCUUUGUGCCCGUCGCCGUGUCCAGAUGAGUGUGCUCCGCUGGCACCGGCUCUCUUCCCUGUGGAAGAACUGGAUGUUCAACCAGGAGCCAGCAGAGGUGCAGGGCCACAUCUCGGAAACAUCAGAGCCAUGUACAAAGGAACAAAAUUCAAACUUAAGAGACUCUGAAUACCAAAAUUUGGAUUAUAAGAACCAGAAACAAGAACCUGAGAACCAAAUCUUGGAAUUUACAGAUAUAAACUUAGUUGUUAAGGUCAAGAAGUCUGACCUUCUGAAACGUAGCUGUUCUGAGCCGAGCUCCUCGGUCUCAAACAGUGAGGAUCAGUCUUCUGGCUGUCCCCACAGCCCUGAAGCUUGUGGGUGCAAAUCCCGCAGACGGUGCUGUUCUGAGGAGGGUGUUGAUUGUGUGUUGCAGGUGGAUAACAGCAGCGAAGGGGACGACAGUUUUCUGCAAAGGGAGGGAUCCCAACGUAGGUCCAGAAGGCGCUUCAGGAGGGUCAACCCACGGGGGGAGCGGGAACUCAUCACAGACGGACAGGAGCCCGCCAGCUACAGCACGGAUUAUGUCAACAACCAGCUUCCUGCUGACCUCAAUAAGAUGCACCUAACAGACCACGCCCAUCAGCAGGUGAUGCAUGUGCCUCCAAGCCAAUCAGGAUGCAGCAUUGCGAGUGACUCUGGGAGCAGCAGUCUGUCAGAUAUUUAUCAGGCCACAGAGAGCGAGCUGGGAGAUGUCGACCUGUCAGGACUUCCAGAAGCCGCAGUGGACAGUGAGGAAGAGGAGGAGGAAGAUGAGGACCUGGAAAGGGCUUCAGACACACUUCUUGGCAGAGAUCUUGUCCGAGAGUGUCUAGAGAAAGACCCAGUAGACCGCAAUGAUGAUGACAUUGAGCAACUGUUGGAGUUCAUGCACCAGCUGCCAGCGUUUGCCAAUAUGACCAUGUCUGUGCGCAGAGACCUGUGCAGCGUCAUGGUGUUCGAGGUGGUGGAGCAGGCUGGCACAGUCAUACUGCAGCACAAACAGGAGCUGGACCUCUGGUAUGUUAUCCUGAACGGGGCUGUGGAGAUCAGCCACCCUGAGGGGAGAACAGAGACCCUCUGCAUGGGCAACAGUUUUGGCAUCUCACCCUCGCUGGAUAAACAGUACAUGAACGGAGAGGUUCGCACCAAGGGGGACGACUGCCAGUUUGUGUGCAUCGCCCAGGAGGACUACUGGAGGAUCCUCAACCAUGUGGAGAAGAACACACACAAGGUGGAGGAGGAGGGGGAGAUUGUGAUGGUGAAGGAGCACCGAGAGCUUGACCGCAGUGGGACCAGAAAGGGACACAUUGUCAUCAAGGGAACCCCUGAGCGUUUGAUCAUGCAUCUGGUGGAGGAGCCCUCAGUGGUGGACCCCACCUACAUCGAAGACUUCCUGCUGACCUACAGGACCUUCCUGUCAAAUCCAAUGGAUGUCGGCAAGAAGCUGCUGGAGUGGUUCCAGAUGGACAGUCUUCGGGACACGGUUACAAGAAUAGUGCUGCUCUGGGUCAACAACCACUUCAACGACUUUGAGGGUGACCCAGCUAUGACGCACUUCCUGGAAGACUUUGAGAAACAUCUAGAAAUGGCUAAAAUGAAGGGCCAUUUGCGGCUGCUGAACAUAGCAUGUGCAGCCAAAGCUAAGUGGAGACAGAUCACACUGCAGAAGGCAUCCAGGGAAACGCCACUGUACUUCAGCGUGCAGGGCGGUAGCGAGAGAGGAUUCGGAAUCUUUGUUGAGUCGGUGGAACCGGCGAGCAAGGCUGCAGAGGCCGGGCUUAAACGAGGAGAUCAGAUUAUGGAGAUCAAUGGUCAAAACUUUGAGAACAUCUCCAUUACUAAAGCUGUUGACAUCCUCAGAAAUAACACACACCUCUCUCUCACCGUCAAAACCAACAUAUUUGUCUUUAAAGAGCUCCUCAGCAGGAUUGUGCAUGAGAAGAAGAACGGUGGUCCUCAUAUUCCAAAAAUCCAGGAGAAAAAAGGCAACCGCUUCUCCAUCCCUGACCUUCCUGGAGACAUGGAGUUUGCCACGGACCACAAGAGCACCAGGAAAAUGAAAGCGAACACGGUGUCAGGAGGGCGAAACAAGAUCAGGAAGAUGCUGGAGAAGACACGCUUCAGUAUACUACCGCCCAAACCAUUCAGUGAUGGUGGGAUGGGUCAGUCUCAGGAUGACAGCAUUGUAGGUACCAAGCAGUGUCGUCACAGUGUGGCCAUCAUGCCGAUCCCUGGGAAUCUGUCGUCCAGCAGCCCUGAUCUGCUGCAGCCAGCAACCAGCGUCCUUGACUUCUCAAAUCCUGCAGACAUCCCUGACCAGGUGAUACGGGUGUUCAAGGCUGACCAGCAGAGCUGCUACAUCAUCAUCAGUAAGGACACUACUGCUAAGGAUGUGGUUGCCCACGCUGUCAACGAGUUUGGACUUAUCGCAGCAUCCGAGACAUACUCACUGUGUGAGGUGUCGGUCAGUCCUGAAGGAGUCAUAAAACAGCGACGCCUGCCUGAUCAGCUAUCCAAACUGGCUGAUCGGAUUCAGCUCAACGGCAGGUACUACCUGAAGAACAACAUGGAGACAGAGACGUUAUGUUCAGACGACGAUGCUCAGGAUCUCCUCAGGGAGAGCCAGAUCUCUCUACUGCAGCUCAGCACCAUGGAGGUCGCUGCCCAGCUCUCCAUGAGAGACUUUGAGCUUUUCAGGAACAUUGAGUCCACAGAGUAUGUGGAUGACUUGUUUAAAAUUGACACCUCAAUGGGAAGUGGUAAUCUCAAACAGUUUGAGGAGGUGAUAAACCAAGAGACCUUCUGGGUGGCCACCGAGAUCCUGAGGGAGCCAAACGCUCUGAAGAGGAUGAAGACCAUCAAACACUUUAUCAAGAUUGCCCUGCACUGUCGGGAGUGCAAGAAUUUCAACUCCAUGUUUGCUAUUAUCAGUGGUCUGAACUUGGCACCGGUGGCUCGGCUGCGGAGCUCGUGGGAGAAACUUCCCAGCAAGUACGAGAAGCUGUUUGGAGACCUGCAGGAUGUCUUCGACCCGUCUAGGAACAUGGCCAAGUACAGAAAUAUCCUGAGCAGCCAAAGCAUGCAGCCGCCCAUCAUCCCACUGUUCCCUGUGGUCAAGAAAGAUCUCACCUUCUUACAUGAAGGCAAUGACUCCAGCGUUGAUGGUCUUGUGAACUUUGAGAAGCUGAGGAUGAUUGCAAAGGAGAUCAGACAUGUGGUGCGGUUGACGUCGGCCAACAUGGACCCUGCCCUCAUGUUCAGACAAAGGAAGAAGAGGUGGAAGAGUUUAGGGUCUCUGAGUCAGGGUAGCACCAACUCCAACAUGCUCGACGUGCAGGGCGGUGCCCAUAAGAAGCGAGUUCGUCGCAGUUCACUCCUCAAUGCUAAGAAGCUCUAUGAGGAUGCUCAGAUGGCUAGGAAGGUGAAGCAGUACCUGUCCAACCUGACGGUGGAGACGGAUGAGGAGAAACAUCAAAUCAUGUCCCUGCAAUGUGAGCCGUCCUACAGCACCUUAUCAAAGAACUUGAGUGAGAGACGAUCCACAAAGUCUGACAUGUCCCCGGUGUCUCUGCGAUCAGCUCUGCCUUCUGGGAAAACUCAAAACAGGGUUUCACAAGUCCUCCAGGUCCAGGUCCCACUGAACCCUCUACGAAAGAGGAGCACUGCCAAGGACAUCGGUGCUCCUAACUCUAACUCUCCCCAGGUGGUGAAGAAACCUCCAGUGACCUCGUCAGAGGACUGGAGCACCAAGAGGCCAUCUGAUGACACCGUCUCCACCAUCUCGUCUCUUCACUCCAGCCCCACAGUGUCGCCACAGGGCUCCCCACGCAAAGUGGGGGGAGUGGCCAAAUCCCAGAACUCCAGCCAGAUGAACUUGUCCGGAUCUUCUUCGUCACUUACGAGCGAAGCCAGCACAAAGGCCGGCAACGUCAACUUGCGCAGCUACGGCAUAGGUUACACGCUCCUCCCAGUUGGUAAAGCAGACAACCUAUCAGACUCAAGCCACAGCGAGAUCUCAUCUCGCUCCAGUAUCUGUUCAGUUGACUCAGUGCCAGCUCCAGGACUUGACGACCGGUGUAGCAGCAUCAACAGGACCUGUACUGCUGCGUCUAGUAAUACGACAGCUACCACCACAAUAUCUAUUGCAGUUCCUGAGAGCACAGCAGCAACGCACUUAAACACUGAAUACAACCAGCCAAGCACAAGCAGUUCCUCAUCAUUAGCCCGAGGAUACGUAACACGGGCCUCCACUUUCACCUCCUCCACCUCUACAGAGGAGCUGACCCCAGACCACACCUCUCUUGACUCUGUGGCCGACAGCGGCCGGGGCAGCUGGACGUCCUGCUCUUCCAACUCCCACGACUCCUUCCAGAGCCUGCCCACCUCCUCCUGCCGGCCCUGGGACCACGGUAUCCACGGACAUCCACUCUCCCUCCCGCACACGCACCUGGGCGGCUUCAAGCACACGCAGCUGGGAGGACCGAUAGCCGAGGUGGACGGUGCUGCAGCAGCUCACACCUGGGCUAGCGAGGACUCUUCUGUAAAGCAUCACUCCAGAGACUCCAGCUCGGAUCUGUCCAAUCAGUCGCGGCAGAGCUGGGCGUCGUCCAGCUCACUGUCAGACACCUAUGAGGGGAAUUAUGGGACUAUAAAGCGGAGAAACACGGCGGAGAACCCCUCCUCGCCCACCAAUGAGGAAGGAGGGCAAAGCACAGACCCUGUCUACAAAACGGUGACGUCAAGCACAGAGAAGGGCCUGAUAGUGUACUGUAUCACUUCCCCUGCCAAGGAUGAGCGUUAUCGAGCUCCCCCUCCCACCCCUCCAGGCUACCAGGGUCUGGCUCUAGGGGAUCUGGGCCUCACAGACGGAGUAGUAGGAGGGCCAGGAGGUCUCGUCCCCAGGCCUCCUCACCUCAGACCUCCGGACUACAGUGUGGCGCUGCAGAGGAGCAAACUCAUGCAGAGCCCCGGAGCAGCAGGCAGUUUGGCUGAGGCUCGGAGGCUGGCUGCUAAUCAUCACCUCCAACAAGAAGGCCAGACUGCUGGCUCUACUCAGGGCCACUCCAGACCACCCAGCAUCUGCCUCCCAGCACAGGAGCUGGCCGACAGUGAGGAUGAUGAACAAGUGUCAGCGGUGUAGAGAGACUAACGUCACACUCACACAUGGACCAAGCAUGUUGAUCAGGCUUUGGACUGAACAAGCAGCCUGUCAUCAGAGCACAUUUCCCCCCUUGUGGACCAUAAUGCACCUCUGUAGACCCACACAGGGCCAGUGUGACCUCUCUCCACCUUCAAGGACUCGUACAAUCAUCUCUUUUUUAACUCAUUUCACAAAGCAAAGGACAAAUGGAAGAUUUUAGACACUUUUUAAGAACUUUUUAAGGAAGCUGGUUGACUAGCAUUAAAAAACAAAUAAAAGAAGGAAGAUAACAAUGUCUCAUGAGAAGAGGAAGUCAGCUUCCUUGGAAACAGACCACCUUUUACCUCCAUUUUGCACUCCAGGCUCUCUUGUCUAAAGCUGCUUUGCUUUUUUUCCCCUUUCUUUUAGCAGCCUGAGCUUUACAAUGUUUGAAAUGGGUUAGCGUGAGGAGCAAACAAAGGGAUUGAAAACUUUAGGGCAUAAUAUAAAAAUUACGACAAAGACUCAUCUGGAUUUUUUUUCUUGUUAUACUGACUUAUUUCGUUAUUGUUUGAUGUCAGCUCAGAAUAGAUAAAUGUCAAUUUAUGAGAGACAAGAAAAACUAUCAGCUUAUUAGACUGUGGCACUAAUAAAUCACAUCAAGCCAUUUUCCAUGCAACUCACCCCAAAUACAUAGAAAAUAAAGCAGAAAACUAUAUUCAUUUGUAGCAAAACUUAAACAUUUGACUGAAUUUAGGUCAAGAUAUCCACAUAAAGUCCCUUAAUAUGGUAUAUCUAAAAGAGAGAUUUGACUCUGAAGUAGCAGAGCACGCUUGUUUGUUUGUGUUGACCACUUAUUUUAGCUUUAUACAAAAAAGAGACGAGCAGCGUCUCUGUGGCAGUUCAGCGUUUCUGCCACCUGGCCGCCUCUCUUAUUGCUCGUUCAGUCUGACGCGAGGUACUUUAGCGGCAUGCUGCCUCCUGGAUGUUCUAUAAAAAAUUGUAUUAUAACUCGUUUUUAAUGAGCUGAAGAACAAAUGCCUCGCUGCUUCCUGUAGAGUAAAACGUCGUUACUGCAGCAGCUAUCAUAAAACAAUAAAUUAGCACUGUGUGGUCACACAGCGUGCAUGCAUACACACACAAACACCACAAGAUAAAUGACAGUGUUUACACCCACGCUUACACAUUUUGUUUACAGUGUUUAUUAGACUAGUUGUCUAUUGAUUUACAAGCUGCAUUGUUUAAGCAUAAUGCUCGGGUUUUAUUUGACCUUGUAAAUUUGUUUAUAAUGCAGCAGGAAUGUGAGAUGCAGCAUAAAAAUUGUGUGCUCACAGUGUACCUCUCAUAUCGUUGCUUUUUAAAGCAACAAAACAAGUCGACAGAAAAUGUAUUUUAACGCCAGGCUUGCAUCUCCUCUCCAUGUGCAUAGUACAUUUUGUAGAAUAUUUAAAGGAUUUGCUUGAAAAAUGUUUAUUUGUAUUGAAAACAGAAGAAAAUUUGUACAUUCUGAGAAAUGUUUGGGGAACAUUGUGUCUAUCUGCGGUGCAGCAGGGGUGUAACUGGAAUUUUCUCUCCUCCUUGUCUGUCUCGCGCUUUGUGAUGCUUCUUUUGUUUUGCCACACAAAGACUUGAAACGAUUGAUGCUAAUAUAUACAUGGCAUAUAUAUGAAUUUAUACAUAUAUUUUUUGUUUCUUUGCCGUAAAUUAAUAUGAACUGAUCAUGUAUAGAUGAGAAAAGAGAGUCCUCUAUAAAGGCUAUUUUUGAAUAUUUUGUUAUAAGAAAUAACCCAAGGUUGUGAUUGCCCUGUGUCUGUCUUCGGGCAGGAGUCUUUUAAGGAAUUUCUUCUAGCUUUUCUGUUUUUGUAAAUUGUUUUCUCCCCUCACACUCACUGUUGUUGGUGCUAUUUCUGCUCUGUUUAUAAUCGUAAUUGCUGCUGUGUUUUGGGGUAUGACUGUUUGUGUGCGUGUGUUGUGGAAUGAUAUCUGAGAGGGUGGAAUCAACAUAGCUAUUUCUUUUUAAUCCCAUUUUGAUUCAGCACAUAAGGACAGGCUCAGAAGUAAUUUUCAAUAAUAGCUUCUUCACAGUUUGCAGCUUUGAUUGCUCCUAGCUGCAGAACGCUUGGGCCCCUGUGGGUCCCUUGGUUUUAUGGCACAAGGCAAUCUUAAUCAAACUCAGACUGGAUGAUUGAGAGGAGUUUUUGAUGGCAUUAUGACUCAGUCUGUUUGAGUUUAACACAACAAGCCCUGCCAUGAUGCCACGUCUGUUAUCUAGUCUCUCUGCUCAUCUCUGUCAGCCCAGUGGGACUUUAUUUCUCCUUGCUGUACUCGUCUGAUGGAUUUCACAAAACCCACUGUGACCUUCACCCUAGUCUCUUUCUCUUUUUCAUAACGUUAGAGUUGUUGAUACAGCUGGAGUUAGAAACUGACAAUUCUUUUACUUUUUUUGCACAACUGAACUCCUCAGAUUCUUUACCAUAAAUCAGUAUUAAUGUUGAAAAUAGCGAAUAAAAGCUGCCUCUAAUAUCAUAAAUGGCACUGAAAACAAGUGUGUGUUUUUGCCUGCUUUGAAAUGUUUGAAUGAGAUUGAAACAUCUACAGAUUUUACUUUUGUGCACAGAGUUGAAACUAGAUGGAAGGAAAUUUCCCUCUUAUGCACUCUGUUAGCAGUGAAAGAAGCUGUUUUCCUUCUUUUCCUUUUGCUUUUAUCAUUUAGGGCUACAUAAUGUUCCUCAGACAUGUUUGUUUUCAUGGAGGCUCUGGCAGUGAGCAGCACUGUGAACACAACUCGUCAGUGUUUUUUUUUUUUUUUUUACAUAAAACUAGAGAGGAUGAACUUUUCCUCCCUCAUAGCAUUUUGAAAAUACCUGCCUGAUUUUAUUAUCCCCUCCCCAUCCUGCCCUUUUACCUUGAAUGCAAUAAGAGGGAUGUGAAUGUGUUUAAUUAUUUGGACAUCUUUUGGCAUUACAGCAGAAAUGCACAACAAUAAGCUUAAAUGUGGUGAGUGUGCUGCACAAUCUGUACAAAGAGGUAUUAUUAACUUGGUCUGUGGCUUAAAGUUUGCUUCACACUUCUCAUAGCUGUUGUAACUUAUGUCUUUUAGAAAGACAACAUGAUUUUGCUUGUAUGCUUUUUAUGUAUUUUUUACGAGUGAUUGUAAAUAGUUGUUAUAUUUUUGUUUAAGAGAAUGUUUAAAAGGAAAAAAUAACUUUUAUUUCUCCAAGUCUACUGAUAUGAAUUUGGACAAUGAAUAAAAAAUGUAAA